GUGCCAGGCUGCCAGCUUAUCUUACCAAAAAUGCUCAAAGGAAAACGAAGGCCUGUCACUGAGCAUUGCCAAAGCCAGAGCCAAGUCCCUUUCGCCCCAUUGCUUUCUCUGCCUCUCCACAUGCUAUGCGCUCGUCAUCUCUUGCUUCACUUCACUAGUUGAUCACUCCACAGCCACCACUGUACCGUACGUGCUCCAAGUUCCAACAAUGGAGACCGAGUGGCAGAGGGAUCUCGCCGGCCUCGGGUUCGCCGGCAUCGGCCGCGAUAUCAGCCGCGUGGUCCUGCGCGUCAUCCUCCCCAACUUCGCCAACGUGGGUCCCGCGUUGCUCUCCGCGCUCUUGCUCGCCGGCGCCGCCGUCUUCUGCUCCAUUUUCUCCCGCGUCGCCUCCUACCUCGACGACGGCACCAGCCUCCCCCGCCUCCUCGCCGACUCGGCCGCCCUCGGCCUCCUCAUCAGCGCCAUCCUCAGGCUCUUCCUCCUCUGCACCGCCGCCUACGCGCUCGCCGUCGCCUCCCUCUACCGCACGGGCGGCGACCUCCUCGCCGCCGAUCGCAUCCUUAAGGAGGACCUCCCCGUCCGCCCUCUCGUGCGGCUCCUCUGCACGUUCCUCCGCGUGGCGGCCCCAUAUCUCCCAGUGUCUACCGCCCUGUCCGUCGCGGCUCUGCUCGUGCUGGAGGACGAUAUCACGCUGCCGCUGCGGCUGCUGGGAUGGGCAACGGCGGCGUACGUCGCCACGGUGUGCCAGCUGGCCUGCGUGGCCUCAGUGCUCGAGGACACCGAUUUCUUCGGCGCCGUGCGCAGGAGCCGGGACCUCCUCGCCGGCAAGUUCUGGGCCGCCGCGUCCGUCCUCGUCACGCUCAACGGUUGCAUCAUCGCCGUGCUCGAGGUUUUCAAGGCGCUGGUACUUGACGACGCGCUGGACCUCGGCCUCGCGUUCCAGGUGACGGCGGCGGCGGCCGUGUUCGUGGCUCUGUGCGAGGUGCUCAUCGUCACGCUUGUGGUGCAGCCGGUGAUCUACAUGGUGUGCAUGAGCCACCACCUGGAGGUCGUCCACAAGGCCCACCACGACUAGGCUCGCCGUCGACGGCGACAACUAAUGGCGUGGAGCUGUAAGAGGCGCGGUGGACGGCGCCGCAGCCCGCAGGCCACUGCUGAUCCAGCAACUACUGCCGAGCUAGCUAUAUCUUGGAGAGUUUAGAAUAAUUAAGCUUUAUAUUCCACUAAUCAAGCUUUAUUUCUACUUAGCAUCAACAA